AUGUAUUGCAUAGGAUUUUGUAUUUUCAUAUUUUUAUUUGUAGAAACCGAUUGUUGGGUUCCUAAGUUAAGAACUGGUUUCAAAGAAGUUGAUACGGAAAAUUAUCCGUACAUAGUAAAACUAGCUUUCCAAUUCCCAGAUAUAGACGAGCCCCAUGCCUUCAGCACCUCGUGCACAGUCACGGUGCUGACUCCCACCUGGGCCCUGACUGCGGCCAUCUGCAUCUCCGGGGCGAACCUGGCCCAUCCAUCCAAACCCAUCGUCUACGUCAUCGACUAUUCCCCCAACAUCACUGAGACCGCGACAGAGAAAAUAAGCAAGAUAUUAUCCAUAAACAUACAUCCUAAUUUCAGAUUUAUUCCAAAUUAUUACUUAACCUUUGAGUACAAUAUGGCAUUAUUGAAAACGGAAGAAAUUGAACUGAAGGAGUACGCGCGGCUCAGUGCGAUGGAGCCGAUGGCGAUGAUCGGGCACGCCGUAGAAGUGUUUGGGUAUCCGUUGGAAUUUGGCGUAACAAGGCGGCCAUUACUGAUGUUUGAUGUUGUGGUGACAAAGUGUGUUAAGUAUAUAUGUGGUGCGAGUCGGUGCUGGCAGUCGAGCGCAGCGGCAGGGGAGAGUGUCGGCGGACCGGUACUCCACCGCUCUGGCAUCAUAGCCACAUACUCAGGCGCGUCAGACCUUAAAACACAUGAAUACGGGAAUUUUAAAUUUUCAGCUGUCGCGACGUCACUCCAUUGGAUUUUGAAUUUGAUAAAAGCUUAG